UUUAUGCAUCUUUGAACGGCGUUUUUUACGGCGUUCUCUGCCAGCUGUAACGGCGUUUAAAACGGCGUUUUAUUGAAAUUAUGCAGGGCACUCCCCAUGGUUCCCUCAUCCAAUUACUUUCAACUCAUUUCACCCAAUCAAAGAAGAGGAAGUGCAGACCACAGAACGUCACAUCACUAGUAAUGGCGCGAAAUCAGACGCCACAACCUCUGGGUACUUAUCUCACAGCUUAAAAAUGCGCAGGUGUUCCUAUCAUCGUAGCAUAUUAACGUCAUUGUUCUUCACCUUAAGCUUCUGUUGUUGUAGAGUGGACGAAGGAGAAAGGACAGUGGAGCGCUUUAGUUGCAAACAGAGAGUAACGUCAAGGUAAGUCGGACCUAUAGUUAACUAGUUUAUGGAUUAAAUGAAACUGAACUACAAUUAAAGGAUUAACACCUAUGUUUAGUUUAACGUAUGUUUAGUUUAAACCAGACAAAAAAUGCCUCUAAGCGCCACAAUUUCGCUUGUUAUUUUAAAUUACAUAAAAAAUGUAGACGUGAUAUUGAUUAUUUGAUGAAAGAAAACUUUUAUUUGCGAUACGUUAGGCCGCAGAAAGCCCAAAUUUUAAGUUACAUCAGCCCAGACUGCGUGAGAUCACGGGCCACACCGAGACAGCGUGUUGCGGAGUCAAGGGGUUUGGAUGUAACAGGUUACCAACUGUUACUCUCCUUUAGACUGCUAAAAUGUAGAUCAUAGAACACCAUCCAUCCAUCCAUCCAUCCAUUCGCUUCCGCUUAUCCUUUUCAGGGUCGCGGGGGGCGCUGGAGCCUAUCCCAGCUGUCAUCAUAGAACACAGAUUUGAAAAUUGAUCGGUUACAUCCGAAGGCUAUUUACCACCACGAAUAUUAUUCAAUCAAUCAAAUUCAUUUCAAUUUGUACUGUCACAAAAAAGUGAUUACUGAUUAUAGAAACGAGGCCUCUAAAUGUAGUGUUUGAAACAGUGUAGUACAUGAAACAUUUUAUUGCCGAAUUAUCUCCAAAAUAACUCUUGAAACGUACUCGGGAGUUGAUUAGUUUCGGGUAUAGGCAGGUGUAACUUUUGUUCCUGAGAAAAAACAAAAGAAGGAGAAAUAAAUGUACACAAACCAUCAACAAUGGCAAAAUGUUUUAGAAUAACCAUCCGUGUUUAUAACACCAUCUUACAAAUAGUUUGGCUACAAAAUGGAGGUUCGCAUUCUUUAUCUUAUUGUUUUAACCUUUUGAAAUUCAGUGAAUGUAAUUAGAAAUGAACGAUUACUUUGAUCUUUUCUUAUAUAUUUGUUUUUUUUAUCUAUUGAGAAUAGUUGCACUGAUUUAUAACUGGCAUCCCAGCCGCUGGACUUGAAGUACUGAUUUCCUCCUGUAAUAAAAUGACCGGAAAGGAGCCACCGCGACAAGGUGUGGGGGGUUCGGUGCCAUCGGUAGUCCUUGAAAUGCAUGAAGGUGAAGAGAGUCUACAUAUUCCUAAUGGCCGUGGAGAGCCCUCAAAUCAUGCUGCCUCGUCUGGUCCUGUCUCGUCUGGUCCUGUGGUUGCUACACUGCCAUCUGAUCCAGCUUGGCCUGUACUACCUAAUGGCUGUGGAGAGACCUCAAAUCGCAACUUUACUGAAGAGUCCUGUGUCACAAAUUCCCACAGUCGCUCCCACAGUUCAGAGAGACAACAUAAAUAUUAUGAUUACAGUUCAGAGGGAUCAGCUAACGUGCCUCAUUUUGUGUUAAAUUAUUUUGGGAAAUAUUUUGUAACAAAUAGUCCAGGGCUUUUAAAUACUAGCAAUACACACCCUUUACAUAUUUUGGGCAGUUGUUGUAGCCACAAUUUGUGUCUAGGGCAGCUCUGCAAUCAAAGUGAGAUAAUGUCUAACAUACAUUGGAUCUUGCCUGUGAGACAGUACUCUCCAGUUAAGUCACAGAAACGAUUUAUUUGUUCCGAUUACAUACUGCAGAUUCAUUAUAUUGUGUCAAAUUGUUUUGAGAGAAAUCUUGUACUUGUAACAAAUAUUCAAUUCUUUUUAAAUACUGACAUUAAACACCCUUUACAUAUUUUGGGCAGUUUUUGUAAUGGUAAAUUGCUCAUAUCUCCUCAUGUAUGGCAAUAUGGCAUACAUAACAAUAAAUUGUUGGAGCUCAGUAAAUCUGUUUGUCAAGUAAGAACAAGGAAUGGAUUUGGAAUUGGAAGUGGUUUUCUCCUUUUUAAAAAUUUUAUCCUUACAAACUUUCAUGUUAUUAAACCUUACUAUGAUUUUAAAACUGGUCAGCUUACAAAUGGUGUCGCUGUUACUUUUUCACAUGAAAUUCAAGAGUCAGAAUGUGAUCUUAUAAAUGUAGUAGGUGUUCAUUGCUAUGAAUUUUGCAACAAUUUCGGUAAUAAGAGUGACUGGGUUUUGUUAGAGAUCGAUGACAGUAUGCCAUUGCCCAAUGGUCUUUUACCACACAUUAAGUCAGUUUCUGACACUGAAUAUUCUAACAUCUUCAUUAUUGGACAUCCUAAUGUGGAAGUAAAACAAGUAGAUGUUUGUUCAAUUGUUUGUCCUGAGAACCGCAGACAGGUUGUGGAGGAGAAUUGGAGGAAAAAUCCAGGUUCCGAUGAUCGCAUUAAUCUUGUGGUAAAAGAAAUUCCAGGACUCAAUGGCAGACUGACAUACAACUCUAAUUUCUAUCAGGGCUCUUCUGGUUCUCCUGUGUUUAAUGAGGAAGGUAGUCUUAUUGCAAUGCAUUCGGGAGGAUACUUUUAUCGUGAUGCUAAGGGUCAGCCUCAUAGUCUUAUCGAUUUUAGCUAUCCUUUAUCUAGCAUCAUAAAGCAAAUUGAAUUGCAAAUGGUUUAGAAGAAAAGCUUUUACAUGUUGAUUUCCUAACUCAUGUAUAUUGUAAAUCAAAAAUAAAUUGAGUGUUGAA